GUCAAUCUUCACGCCGCUGUCUGUUCUCGCGGUAACGUUACUAUACUGUUAGCUUGUCAGCUAACGCCACCGUUUCCAGGUUUCGUGUCGGCCUGAAAACAUCAAACCAAGAGAGACACAGAAAGACUGCACAUCGUAAACCUUUCUAAAUUCAGGCUGCACAGAAGAGAAGGACAAUGCCACACAACUUCCAGCCCGGAGACCUCGUCUUUGCCAAGAUGAAGGGAUACCCCCACUGGCCAGCCAGGAUUGAAGAUGUGGCAGAUGGAGCAGUGAAACCACCUCCUAAUAAAAUCCCAAUUUUCUUCUUUGGGACACAUGAAACAGCAUUCCUUGCACCAAAGGACCUUUUUGCCUAUGAAAAGUACAGAGAACGAUAUGGGAAGCCCAACAAAAGGAAGGGAUUCAAUGAAGGUUUAUGGGAGAUCCAGAACAAUCCACAUGCCUCCUACAGCGCCCCACCUGUACCAGCUAGUUCAUCUGACAGUGAGGCUGAAAAUGCGGGAGGGGGAAGCGAUGAGGAUGACGAUGAAGAGGAUGCCCCGGUUCCUCAGAAAGCAGACACAGGAAGUGAGGUCGAUUCAGAUUCUGGGAGUGAGGACCAAGGAAGGGGAGGAGGAGGAGGAGGAGGAGGAGGAGGAGGAGGAGGAGGAGGAGGGAAGCGAAAGCCACAGGCUCCUAAGCGGCCUCCUCCACCUAAAAAGGCACGAGGCUCUUCGAGUGACCGAGGUGAAGAGGAGAGUGGAUCCCCUUCUGAAUCAGAACCCACACCUUCAGAGUCUGACUCUGGUAAAAACAGUGAUCAGGAUUUUACUCCAGAGAAGAAAUCUGGUGGACGAGGUGUAAAGAAACCAGGAGGCAGAGGGAAGAAAAAGAAGGCUUCGUCUGCCUCAGAUUCAGACUCGGGAUCAGCAUCAGAGAAGAAAAUGGCAGACAGCGACUCAGAGGACGAGAAGCCUCGACCGGCCCUGUCUGGCUCAGAAUCCCAGUCUGGCUCAAAGUCUGAAUCAGAUUCAGAUCCUCCUCCUCGGAAGGGCCCACAGGCUCGUAAGAAAGAGAAACCUGCGCCGAAGCCUCGAGCACGGAAACCCAAACCUGCCCCAGCAAAACGAGCGCCUUCAUCAUCCUCCGACAGCGACAGUGAUAGUGAACCCGAUCGCAUCAGUGAAUGGAAGAAACGGGAUGAAGAACGCAGAAGAGAGCUCGAGGAGCGCCGGAAAAAGGAGGAAGCUGAGGAGCUCCGCCGACUACGUGAGCGAGAGAAAGAAGAGGAGGAGAAAAAGAAAAAAGACAAAGAUAAGGGUAAAAAAGGGAGUGACAGUGACAGCAGCAGUAGCUCAGAUGAAGGUAUUGACGAUCACCCAUUGAAGAAGUCUAAGAAACCCCCUCCACCCCCUAUCCCUGCGCCCUCGGACUCUGAUUCUCCCCCACCCUCUGAGGUAAAGAAACCUUCCAAGAAGCUAGACAACCAGAAAAAAGCAAGAAUAAAGAAAGAAAAGGAGAGAAAAGAAAGAAAGGAGAGAGAGCUAAAAGAGAAGAAAGCCAGACGGUCAGAAGAGAAGUCCAGAGCGAGGUCUAAGCCCGAAAAACCCAAACGCAAACCAGAGAGGUUACCAGAGAAGAAGGUGGAAAAGAAAAAGGAACCAUCACCCGAAGAAAGGCUACAAAAGCUUCAUACAGAUAUAAAGUUUGCACUCAAAGUGGACAACCCAGACAUAGAGCGUUGUCUACAAGCACUGGAGGAGCUCGAGGCUGUUCCUGUCACAAGCCAGAUCCUACACAAGAACGCUGAAGUUAUUGCCACACUAAAAAAGAUUCGGCGGUAUAAAGCCAGCACUGCAGUCAUGGAAAAAGCUAGCGACGUCUACAAUAAGUUAAAACUUCGUUUCGUGGGGAAGGCAGAGGCGGCAGCUAAACCUAAAACGGAGAACAAGGAGCCAGAGAAUGAUGAGAAGGAGACACAGAAUACAGAUUCUACACCUGUGAAUGGGGAAUCGGAGCAGAAAAAAAAUGACACGGAGGGAGAGGAAAAGCCAAAGUCACCCGUACAAGACGAGAACAAUGUCGAUACGGCUUCAAGCCCAAACAGGCGGAGCCCAGACAGCUCGGCCGAACAGCAAACACACACAUACGAUGAAGCGGACAACUCCAUCUCUGCAGAGAUGGAACCACCUGCUGUAGAGAGCUGAAAGUGUCCCUCAUCGACCACUGCAGUGGACCAAGUGCUAAAAAGAUGGUGGCCUCUGUUUGACAUCACGCAGUGCUUCUGGCCCGAAACGCACCCAGCAUUUCCUACCAUUUCUGUUACUUCAAUGUUCAUGUUUUGGCCAUUUUGUACUACAACUAUACCAAACCAGAUAAAUCCCAUUUUAGCCCAUUGUUCAUCACGGCAAACACACAAAAUGCUUAUUAGUGAGCUAGUUAACAGCGCUGCACAGCACACUUGUUUCUGAAAUGUACUUUUCCUUUUAUACGACACUUGGCCCGUCCUGGAUCCUCACUCCAAAACUCCCGCCAGUUCCUGGCUGGUUCCUUCUUCUCUCCAAAAUCUGAACUUUUACUUUGGUCUUUCAUACUGUAUGUAUGUCAAAUGAUUACAUUUUUAGCUCUUCUAUACAGAAUGGGGUAGUGUGAGAUUAAACUGAUUCUGAUGGAGAAAAUGGGAAGAAGUGAGUUAUGUUUUGAAUUAUUUUGUGUGUGUGUGUGUGUGUGUAGCCCUCACAUCUGUUGGCUUCUUUUUUUAUAAAGCCUGCAAAACAAAACAAAGGCCUCUUGUCUGUGUGUCUGCCAUUGUGGGAGGGGUAAAAUGCUACUUGUAAGUCUUUUAAGUCUUUUUUUUUAAUUAACUGGUUUUGAUCCAGUGAAUCUGCUCUGUUAUGUAAAGAGUCACUUAAAACUGUUUUCCAACUGAGGUCCACCUAGUGUUUUUAUAGCCUUGUUUUCAGAUAGUCACAGUUUUGUCUAAAAUAAUCUAUGUGGAGUUAAAUACCUUGUACUCUCCCCUAGUGUCUGCUUAAUAAAUGGAAUAACGCACACAUUGAAAACAAAACUGCCCUUAAAAGCUAAUGAGAUCUCCUGUAGCUGCAGCCUCUUUUUUUUUGACUUUUUUUUUCUGUCAUGUGCAUACAACCGGUGUUUUUAGUGCUAUGUAAAUUGGUAAAGUAUUUCUAUCACUAGAAUUGAAUAAAAAUAUCAGCAUGG